CCUGUUCUUCCACAGAUAAAGAUCUCCUCCUGCAAUCAUUUUAACUUAUACUGAAAUUCAACAUCAAGUUCCGGCAGCUUGUGGUCAACUUCUGAUCUGGUCACACACUCCUCACACACACCUCACACACUUCUCCAACACACUUCACACGGACUCCUCAUACACUCCUCCACUGUGCAUCAGGAUGAAGCUCGUCGCUCUGGUGCUCCUGCUCUCUGCUUUCUCCUCAAUGACCCUGACGGAGGUUGUGGAGAAUAUAAAUGAGUGGAAGUCUAAGUGUCAUGACUUCUUUAUUCCAAACCCUAAAGAUCAAAAUGAUGUCAUCACCCCCACUGUUUUCAAUACGCAUAAAAAGAUUUGUCAGAGCUGGAAAAACAAAUACAGAUUUGCCACCCUGUAUGACACUGAGAGGAAGAUUCCUGUUUACUCGGCCUACACGUUCGCACAGGAAGUGGAGACAAAACGCAAAAAUUUUUGGAAAUAUGAACCUCAGCUUGAAAAUAUUAGCGAUCAGAAAGACAUGAAAAACUUUCCAAGGAACAGAACGACCAAUUUAAUUCACCAGGCUACGAACUCGGAUUAUACAAACAGUGGGUAUACUCGCGGUCAUGUGUUUCCACGCUUCUAUGCUGCUGAUCAGGAGCAAGCAGAUUCCACCUUCACUUUAACCAACAUAGCUCCACAAAAGGAACAAAGCAACACAGAGUGGGAAAGGCAAGUGGAGCGACCAAUGCAAAAAGAAAUAAUAAAUAGUUGCAAGCCUGAUCAAAAACGCAAGGCGUACAUAGUGACCGGGGUUGUUCCAGGAAAUAAUUGGACGCCCACAGAAAAACAAAAUAAAAAAGACAAAAAAAAAAUUAACAUUCCCAGUCAUUUUUGGAGCGCUUUCUCCUGCAGAGACAUUAAUGAAAAUCUCAUCUCUGCGGCCUACAUCGCUGAGCAAGACAAAUUUGAAAGAAAGAAGAUGAGUGUUAUGGAGCUGAACAACAAUCUAACUAACCUGUAUAAAAUAAAUUUUUACGUCUUUGGGGAAUUAAAUUUCUAAAAAAAAAAAAAGAAUAAUUUGAUGGUUAAUGUUAAGGUUUAAGAGCCUAGCUUCUUCCUUUUUAACAUGACAUUUCUUUUUUUAGAUCUUAAAUUGCAUAAAAUGGCUUUGUUCAGGUAAUGAUAAUUAAAACUUCUUCAGCAAGGACCUUUUAGGAACAAAAUGUGCUAUUAUCAUAUUGCAGUAGAGUUUAAUAAAAAGUGGUGCAUUGAUUAAGGGGGAAAUUUUAUUGUUAUUAUUAUUAUUUUUUUUAUUUAUUAAUAAUAAUAAUAAUAAUAAUAAUAAUAAUAAUGUAGGGAAUGUUUCAUUUUUAAUGUGUUUCAUAAUAUUCGGUGUUUGCGUGUGUUUUCCUUGUUUGACUUCUUUGACAUCAGCAAAACACAUUCCUUAGUAUAAUCUAUGUUCAGUGUCUUAAAACCUGCUGAAGGCUUAUAAAUGCAGAACUGUUCCCACGCUUAAGUUCUCCUCCAUGUUAUCUUUUAGAAACAUUCCAGACCAUCUGUACCCACUUCUGCACCCCUAUUUUAAGUGCUUUCUGUGUGUGUGUGCAUAUAUAUAUUCCUGUCUUCUCCAAUAAACU